CGUAGUACAGCGUCCCAAGUCUUCAUUUCGGUAGUUUAGUUAUGUCAAGAGCUGGGAUAGCCUAUAUUUCAGAAUUUUAUGAUUUAUAAAAAUAUUAAAUCAUCUGCAUAUAUCUGAAACGUACUAACCCAUGAGAAAUGGUUGUGUUUAUACUACACUUAUUGAUCUGAAGGAAUGGAUGACAUUGAUAUAAACAACAUACGAUAUUUACAAGUGUUGAUACCAAAACUUGAUGACAGUCACUUAGAGAGCCAACAACAAGAUUAUAAUAAUAUUAACGAACAUCUGUUGGAUAAUAUGAUGUCUAGGUUAUUGGAAGAUGAUUCCAGCAUAGAACUCCCAGCAUCAAUGACCGGAAAGAAAGGAACUGCAAGCAAGCAGGUUGAUAAGAAAGAUAAUAAUCAAAACAAAUUGGAAAAGAAAUAUAUGUGUACUGUCUGUAAAAAAAGUUUCAGGAAUGGUGAAUCAUUGAGACAUCACAAUAGUGUGAGUGGACGCUGCCAAAAAAAUGUCUCAAUAUCAAAGACAUCUUCAACCAGCAAAAGGUAUAACUGCUUAACAUGUGGUCAACGGUUCAAAGAUAAACAAACUAUGUCAUUCCACUGUGCAGCAAGGGGUCAUGUUGAUCCAAAUGAAAAUAGGGAUACUGCCUCCAAGACUCACAAUUCAGCCACAUCUUCAGUGAGAAAGAAAUCCAACCACAGACAAAAGGAGCAGAAGGUUGUGUUUCGAUGUAAUGAAUGUUCUAGGAGGUUCAAAGAUACCAAGGCUUUAAAUUUUCACUUUGCAAUGUCAGGGCAUGUAAACAGUGAUGAAAACAAUGAAAGAGAAACAGAAGAAGAUGAUGAUGAUGAAGAUGAUGGUGAUCAGAUGGAGGAAAACAAGAAGAAAGUUGAGAAAGAGGUGAAAAGAAUUGAUGUCACCAAACUACCUUGUGGUAGUUGUAAUAAAAAAUUCAAAGAUAGCAAGUCUUUGGAUUUGCACUUGGCUCUUUCAGGACAUUCUGAUAAAAGAGAAAAAAUACAGGAAAAAAGACAAUCUGAGAUGAAUGGGAAAACAAAGCACAGUACAGAUGGCAAAUCUAAUGAUAAGAAAAGUGAAGAAAAUCAGUAUUCUUGCAAUUCAAAGAGUUUAAAUUGUAAUGGAUGUCGAAAGAAAUUCAAAAGUCUUAAGGAAUUAAAGAUGCAUUGUGCCCUUAGUGGACACACUCAGGAAGAAUCCCCUGACAAGGAGAUAUUGAAAAAUGAAAAAAAUAAAAUAAGCAAUGUAGAACAGUCGGUCAAAAAAUUACUUAAAAAUGGAAGAUCCCAAAUUCAAAGUAAAAAACAACUAAAACACUCAAAAUCAAGUUUGAUCUGUUUUGAGUGUGGUAAGAAAUUUAAAACUCUAGAAAUGUUGAAUUACCAUGAAGCUUUCAGUGGGCAUGUGACCCAAGAAGAAAGCAAUUCAAGUGAAGAGAACACAAGCGACGAAGAAGAGGAUGAUGAUGAAAACAGCAGUGGAGAAGAAUCGGAAGUUGAACAAGUCCAAAUUGCAAAAAAAGCACCCUCAAAUAUUUCUGUUGAUAUCUUUUGUAGUGUAUGCAACCGGAAAUUUAAGGAUAAGAAUGCCCUCUACUACCAUAUGGCAAUCUCAGGUCAUGGUGCAUCAAAGUUAGGGUCAGAUAGAACAGUAAAGGUCAAACAAAGUAGGUCAAGGAUUGCUGACCUUACAAGUAGUGAUAGCAGUUCAGAAGAAUCAGAUUCGGAGGAAAGUGAAGAAAGUGAAGAGGAAGAACCAUCAAAAAAUAAUAAUUCAAGAAGUGCAAAAUCAAUUUGUAAACCAAGAUGUGGAACCUGUAAAAAGCAGUUCAAAGACUCUGAAACGCUAGAGUUUCACAUUGCUUUAUCAGGACAUUCCUUACAAAGAACCACAGAAGGAAGCAUCCAACGAAAGAGAGGACGGCCACCAAAGAUGAUCAAACAACAAGCUAUCAAUGCAUCUCUCGGUCAAAAGAGGAACAGAGGCCGGCCACGAAAGAUUGUACAGAGUUUGGAAGAUGAAAAUAUUUCUAACUCUGAAGAUAUUACCUCAAAAGAUCAAAAGAGACAAUGUGGAGAGUGUGGACGGAAAUGCAAGGAUCUCCAUGCAUAUGAGUUCCAUUGUGCAAUGACAGGUCAUGAUGGCACUGCCAAACAAGAAAAGAGAAAACCUAGCAAAAAAAGAUUAUUAAAGAGUGCAGUUGAUAGAAUGGAUUCAAGUGAAAGUGAACACGACUCUGAAGAUGUUGAAAGUAGUGAUGAUUCAUGUAACUCCAAAAGAAGAAGGCCUACUCGAAAGAAAGUAAGAAUGAGUAGCGAAUCUUCAGAUGAUGAUGAAGGUGUUGGGAAGGUUAGGAGCUAUCAGAGUUUCAUGGACGAGGUCUCAGUUUGGGAUAAAUGGAAUCCAAAGAAGGGAGUUCCAUGCAGGCGCUGUGGUCUGCUCUUCAAGAGGAAUGAAGAUCUUAAGCGCCAUCUUCUUACCACAUCUCAUAAAACAUAUGUGUUGGAGUAACAACGUCUUUGCAUUCCACAAACUUGUGUCCAAUUUUUCUGAUAUUGGGAGGGUUUUUACUUUCUGGUUUUCGCUUGAUAAAAUCAAAUUAUUUUUUAAUAACAAAAUAGCUAUAUCAGCACUCAUUUGUUUGGUGUUGAAUAUUUGUGUGAUAUGCUGCUUAAAUCAAAGAUAGAAUUUGUAAUCAUAGCAUAAAUUUCCAGUAUGAUUUAAAAGUAAAUAAAUACUGUAAUAAGUAAAUAUCAAAAUUAUGCAAGUAGGCAAAACUAUAUUUUUUUUAAUGUGUUUCUGUUUCUGGCUUCUUAGACCCUUUAUCCUCCAGUGUUCUUCCAAGAUUUGGAGUAUCUUAAAUUCAAGUGUACAAGGUACUAGAAUCUAAUAUUUUAUUACUGUAUUAUUUUGUAAGUUUAUCAACGAUGCCAAAUUGCUAAAUUGUUUUAUAUAUUUAGAGUUGAUUACAAAUACAUCAUAAUGUUUAUCAUCAUGAACAUCCUACUCAUCAUCAUCUUUACAUUCUGACUGCAUCUCCUUCUUUCACUUUAACUGUUUGUAAUAAUAAGAUUAAUCAUGAUAGCUACCUUAAUUUCAUGGCGUAUCUAGAGGUUGCACAGAGUUGCAUGCCCCCCAAAAUACUUUUGUAACAAAAAAAUUAUGCUCAAGUAGUUAAAAUUCAUUUUGUUUAGCCAGCUAGUUCCCCUCGCUUUAUCAUAGAAACCUCCCAUGUCACCUUGUACUUCCCAUCAGGUCCCCCCCCCCCCCACACAUUUCAAUACCCUAGAUACGUCACUGUUUGGGUGCAAUUAUCAUGUUUGAAAUAUAAAUCUGAAAAUUGUCAAAAAAUGGUAAAUCAAAGUUGGAAUCCAACAUUUUAGUGUUAUAAAUAAUUAUAAAUGAAGUUGUAAGAUAUCAUAGUUUGUGACACAUUUUCUAUUUAUAAUUGUUUUAUCUUAAAGUGUUCUAUAUAAUAAGAACUUAAUUGUAUAUAUACUAUAUUGCAUGAAUGUAGUUAGGAUGUAAUUUAGGGUGAAAGUAAAACAUUUAUUUUUAUGAAAUUAGAGAAACCAUGAAUUUCAAUCUAAUUUAAUUGUUUUAUUUUCUCCUCUUCACAUUAAAAUAGAGUUAUUGUAUGGAACAUGGUGUAAAUAUUACGGUAAUUUAAUUUAUCUUGAUGUUAUAACCGUGUAAAGAGAAAAAAGAUUAAGGAAAUACCGUAUUUGUUUGAAUAAACGCCUAGGGGUGUUUAUUGAUGAUACGGUUUUUUGAGUAAACGUAUCAAAUUUACAUCUGGAAAUUAAACGCCUUUCUUGAAUAACCGCCCCCUUAAUUUCACUGCAAAUGUGGAAAUACAACAUAUAAUUACCGUCAAAAUGUGUUAUUGUGUGAUCAUAGACUCAUUGGUCCCAACAGUUAGAAAAAAAUGUAAUUCUACUGGAGUACAUUAAUAGAAUGUGUUGAGAAUUAUGUUGCUUCCAUUACGCCCUACGUUUGUUCAAAGCAGGGCGUUUAUUCCAAUAAAUAUGGUAUUACAAAUUUAUGUAUUUUACUCAGGCACUUAAAAGGUAUGGAUUGGAGAAAUGUGUUAGUCUAAUCAGUUAAGGGUGGGGUGUAUCUUCAGAUUGGGUGAUAUUUUGCAUUUUCCCUACAGUCUGAUUAGUCUUAAAGGCCGAUUAAAACAGCGUUACACGAUGCAGCCUGACAUGAUUUAUCGACAGUCUUGGGUCAUUUUGAGAAUAUUAUUAAACAUGUUUAGUAUUCUAAUCAUAAACACGAUUGCCACCAACAUAGUUUCAUGAUGGCUCGUCAUGUCAGCCUUUACCUCACACAGACGUGACGCAACGGUAAUUUGUGUCAGAUGUCGUACGACACUAGGUUUGCCUUUGUAAAACCUAAAAGCCUUUUAAAUUGCUCAUAUAAGGUAUCAACGAUAUUUAAAGUCAAAUAGAUACAAACGUUUUAUUAUAAAAGUUCAUCUCGCAAAUGUUAUGUCAGUAGAUUGCGGAAACAGAAAUUAGUAAGCAAAUUUUUAAAUUUUUUUUUCACUUUUAUGAAAGUACUGUAUAUCAUUUACGGUACAUAAACAUUAUUAUUAAAAAUUCUUUAUAAAUAUAGUUUUUAUGGAAAAUAAAUCAGUAAUAUUGGUUACUACAAGGAUAUUGUAGACUAUCUGCUACUUAUAUUGGUGAAGUCCAAAGAUAAGGAACAUAUUUUACAAAUAGGAAACAAAUAUGGCUACUUAAAAUCCUUUUAUUUUUUCCAGCAAAGUACCAGUGUGUUGAGGUGGUACAGCAUAUUUUUUUUCUAAAAUUGUGUUGUUCAACUUUUUGGUUUUGUGCCCAUGUAAUUCUUCAAAAUGAAAAACCCAGAUUUUGUGAAGAGUAUACCAGCAUUUUGAAAUCCAGACAUUAGAAAAGAACAUUUAUUUU